AUGAUUGUUUGGCAGAUUUGGAAAGAAAGGAAUAAGCGUAUAUUCAAAGAGAUAUCUAAUCCAAUAGCGGUGGUAAUUAGCAAUCUUAAGGCUAGCAUUGAGGAAGCUCUUAGUGGUAAGUCUAAAAAUGUCAGAAAGCUCAGACUCAAUGAUUGGGAUCUGGAAAUGGAAAAGAUUUGGUCUUUUAAGAAUGUAAUCUGUCAUUAUCCAAAUAAGAAAAUAGAUAGGAAACAGGCUCGAUGGACUAAGCCUCACUACAACUGGGUAAAACUGAAUUUUGAUGGGGCCUGCAGAGGCAAUCCUGGACAGGCUGGUUAUGGGGCAGUCAUACGAGAUGAGGUAGGGAAUAUUGUGGCAAGCACUUAUGGGCAGAUUGGACAUACAACAAAUAAUGACGCAAAAAUUAGAGCCCUCAUGGCUGGGCUACUUCUUUGCAAAAAUAAAGGCUUAACUAAUGUGCAGAUUGAAGGAGAUUCUCAGAUUAUCAUAAAUGGAAUUAUUAACUCCAGGUUCACAAAUUGGCAAUUGGCCAGAUGGCUACCUCGGAUACACAAUUUGCUGCAUUCAAUCAAGCCCUAUGAGAUAUCUCACAUCUAUAGGGAAGGUAAUCGAUUGGCAGAUCUUGCCAAUUUGGGUGUCAUGUCGGAUAAGGUUGAUGUGACAGUUGACCCUGAAUCGAUAAGCUCGAAGAUUAAGGAGCUGAACAGAAUGGAUUUAAUGGAAAGGAACAGAGUUGGGAUCGGGUAA